CAUUACGCCCUUGUUUCAAGAAUCCCGCGCGCGCUUUGGCGCGGCAUGGCCACUUCGGAGCUGCUGGGCGCCUUGACCAGGCGGAAGGAGCUUGCGGAAACGCAGGGCUCCGUGUUCGAGGCUUCUCCUCAAACCUCGGCCGCGGAUGUGGCAUGGGACCAGCGCCACGCCUCUCAGUUCACACCGCGGGGGCAGCACAGAUUGCCGGUGGGCAGACUGCCGGCGGAGGAGGACGAGGAGUCCACUGGGACGAUCACGCCUCCGGAUGAGAGGCCGCCUCCUGGCAAGGUCCGGGCCAAAGCGAGCCCCGCCGAUCUAGCCCGGCGGAUCUCCGAGGAGCUGGACCUGGACACGCUGAAGCAGCGUGCCCAGGCGCUCCAAGCGCCGGAGCCGGAGCCGGCUGCUCAGGUCAGCGCCGAGAGCUCCCCUACGGCUGACCCGGAGGCCUUGGCGCGGCAGCGUGCGCAGGCGGCCGCCUCGGCGGUGCAGGCGGUGGCCCAGGCCUGCAAAGCAUUGGACCCCAUCCAGCACACUGAUGAGGUUCCGCUCGGCACAAGCUGCGAGCCGGAGCUCGAGCGUCGCGGUGAGCCGAAGCCGAAGGAAGAGGCGGAGAUCGACGUGACGGUCGCACUGGAGGCCCCACUGCGAGCGCCGAACGAGAUCUUUCCGGUGCCAGCCUUGUCUGGUGUGCAGGAGUCCGAGGAGGCUCCGACGGAACCAGCGAGCCCAUCUGGAGGAGCCGGCACUGCCUAUCCGGCCAUUGAGUUCUCCUGGGCGCCGGCCAACGCACCCAAUCUAGGCGCAGGCAUCUUGCCAGCCGGCCAGGAGGAUCCGCUGAACACUAGCAGCCGCACCUAUGGCCGGCCCCAGCCGCGGCCCGCGCCAGCCAGACAGGGGCCAGAGCAUGCCUCCCAGAUGGCGAUGAGGCAGGAGCUGGAGCUUUCCCUGCAGAAGGUGCAGCAGCAGCAGUACUCCGAUCACAUGCAGCAGCAACAGCCCUUUCCCAAAGCGAAAGGCGCUGUGAGGCAGAGCAGGCUCGAGGAGGUUGCCGCGGAGGUGGCCGGGCUCACACCACAGGUCCUUGCAGUAGUGAGCAAGGAGACCGUCGCGGCCGAAGCGACCGCUCACCCCAAAGAGCUGGAAGGCGUGCUGGAGAAGGCCCAAGACAUUCUGCACAGAUCCAGGCUCACAGAGUCGGACCUGGAAAGUCUGGGGUGGCCCAGCCGCGAGCUGAAGCUGAUCCGCGAUCUGGUCAACAGACUGCAGAAGUGGCAGAGUUGCGAGGCAGCCGCGAAGCAGGCUUUGGGGUCAUCGCGAGAGCCCUUGCUGACGGACGUGGUCACGGUCUUGGAGCAGACCUUCACCGCCUGGCGCACUCUGUCGGACAUGGCGCAGAAGACCACCGGGGGCUCCCUGAGCUCCUCAGGUCCAAGAGAGGAGCUCCGGGUGUGCGCAGAUUUGGGCAUGCGUUCAAGGGCCAGCACCGGGACGCCCUUGGUGUCGGCGCUUUUGGACAAGGCGCUGAACCGGGCUCGGGUAGAGCCAGACCUGGUGGCGGUGAGGCGCCUCGAGGCGUUGCUCAGCUGGCAGGUGGAGCUCCAGCACCGCUCCGCGGCCUUUGAGCUGGGGGUGCUGCCCUUCCUGGAGCAGAUGCUGAAAGAGUUGUCCGAGUGCUUACAAGGCACGGCGCGCCUCGAGAAGAGCCUUUCGGCAUCGGCAGGCGGUUCCAUGCUCUCAGCGCCCGAGGUGCUUUGGCGCGCCAUCGUGCAUGGAGAUGUCGCCUCAGUGGAGUCCAUCAUUCGCCAGGGCGGCCUGGUGUCUGGGCGCACCCAGGACCCUCACGGUCAUUCGGUGCUAUGGAACGCCAUCGCCUUUGAGCGCUCUGAGGUGGCAUUGCUCCUCUUGCGGUACUUUCCCCCCGACAUGCUUCACGGGGUGUCCCUCGGAGAACUCCAUGCUCGCAACGGCAACUCGCUCUUGCAUCUGGUCAGCGGCUUCCAGCGCUUCGACUCCCAGUGCGAGGGUCUCUUCGCAAUGCUCUUCGAGCGGAUGCCGGAGGUCCUCCGGAUCCAUCGCAACUUGCGGGGCCAGUCAUUCCUGCACAUCGCCGCAGGGCGGAGGAACUUCUGGAUCCUCAACUACGCCGCAGCGCGGGGAUUGGCAUUCCAAUUCUCUGUAGCGGACAGCGGCGGCCUGACCCCACGCCUGCUGCUGGGCCAGCAUCUCGCGCUGCUGCAGCUACAGCCGCCCACCUUGGCCACAGGCGACACGCUCAUGCCCAGCUGGUGCUCCUUCAGCGCCUUGCAGCCGCCUUCUGUGGGCUCAAAGCCGCCCUUCGCGGACUGCGCGCUGCGGUGCCAGGAGGGCGCCCUCGACCUCUACGCGCAUCGAGUGAUUCUCGCCGCAGCCUCCUCCAAGUGGCACGACCAGUUGAGGGUGCGGCCUCCGGGCAGCAAUGGCGACCUUCAGGUGUUGAAGCUCGCCGAGUGCAGCCUCGAGGUGGCGGCCUUUGCAGUGCAGUACCUCUACACAGGGGACACGGCCUGCACCUCCCUGGACGCUCCAAAGCUGCUGGAGCUGCUGCGCUUUUGCCGGCGCGAGCUGCUGCCGGCGUCUUUGGGCGCCUGGGCUGCCCAUGAGUUGAUCCAGAAGCUGCCUCCAGGCCUUGUGCCCACACUGCUCUUGGAGGGCCGAUCUUUGGGCCUCGGGGCGCCGGCGCGGCGGUUCCUGGCGUACCACUUCAUCUGCGACGAAGCCGCGUGGCAGGCGGCAGCAGACGCAGAGGUGCGGAAGGCGGAGAACGGAGAGGAUGUCCGUGGCGCCAUUUUGGGCGCCGCGCUGUCGGAGCUGGAAGCCGACGCGCCUCACAGCUUCAUGGGCUGAGCAUCCGCCACCGGCCCCACAGCCGCUGCUUGCCCGAUGGCCCCCGCGGGAGCAAAAAAGGGGAGCUGCUUUCGGCC